UGCUAGGUCGCAUGCUUGAUGGUGUACUUGAUGCAUCGUAUGAUAACUGGAAAUUCUGCGUCACCGAGUCUUUUUGUUUUGAGUACUGUCAACUGUCUAGUCACUCGUAGUUAUACGUAACAAAAAGUUCAAUAACAUUGUCGUCACCGUAAGAACAGUCGUCACCGUCAAGAAUAGUCGUCACCAUUAGUCAGUCAUGAGUGUAUCAUCUGAAAGUAUCAAGCCCGAGGACUCAGCCAGUCAAGGUGGUAAGAGUUCAACAGCGUCAUCAAGGAUAAAUACGAAGGCCAGGAAGGCAGCCCUGGCAGCGGAGCUAGCAUCCUUAAAGGGACAGCAAGAGUUAGAGCUUCAAGAAUUUCAACUACAGCAAAGGAAGGCACAGUUUAUGUUAGAAACUAAGCUCAAAGUUGCAGCAGCAGAAGAGGCUGUAUAUGAACAAUAUGAUCAGCAUCCCAGUCAACUCGACAUUAAGAUAGAACCCACAAGUGAACAACUUGGUCAACAGCAGCAGCCCGUUCAGCCACAGAUUCAGGUUAGCGAGCGUAACAACAAUGUACAGCAGGAGAAUUUGGAAGACACAAUGCCAUACCCGCAGCACAACCAAGAUUUGUAUCAGUAUCAGCAAACACAGCAUCGUUUGUUGGAAGCAAUAAGCCUGUCAAAUGUGGAAAUCAUGAAGUUUAACGGUAACCCUUUACACUAUCAUGAGUUCAUGGCAUGUUUUGAUAAUUUGAUAGGCUCGUCUACACUAGACAGAGGGACAAAGCUCAUGAAGUUGUAUCAGUGCUGUGAAGGUGAUGUCAAGAACAUCAUACAGUGUUGUAUGGUAAUGGAUCCAGUGCUUGGAUAUCAACGAGCCAGAGAAUUACUGAGAGAACGCUUUGGCAGUAGAUUUAAGAUAGGAGAAGCGUGGAUCGAAAAGCUAACUAAUGGUUCAGCACUUCAUGCAAAUGAUAGAACUGGACUACGCAAGUUCGCUGAUGAAUUGCAGGUAUGUCUUGAGACUCUUAAGGCAUUGAAUCUAACAAAGGAGAUCAGCAGUAACAGAGAGCUGGUCAAACUGGCAGAAAGACUCCCAUUUCAUCUCAAGGCUAGAUGGUUGAAAGUAGUGAGAGACAUUAGACAAAGAGGUCGCUCUCCAGAUAUCACUGACAUGGUGAAGUUUGUAUCUGAUGCCGCCGAAGAAGUUAACGAUCCAGUCUUUGGUGAGCUGACUGCUACUUCUCCAAGAUCAGCAUCUAAACCAAGCUUCAACAAGCAACAUUCCAAGAGCAGCUACUCUACAGCAGUCUCUGAUAAUUCAAGCUUUCCUAAGCCCAAGAAGUGCUUCAAGUGUCAUCAAGACCAUACCUUGUUUGGCUGUGACAACUUUAAGUCCCUGACACCUGAUGAGAGAUUUAAAUUUGCACAAGAAAGCAGACUAUGUUUCAAUUGCUUGCAACAAGGUCACACCAGCAGAAAUUGUAAGUUGAACAGAACUUGCUCAGUUCCAGGAUGUCAGAGAAAACAUACAAAGUUCCUCCACGUAACUCAAGAAAGCUCAUCACCUGUAAGAGGUACUCCGCAUCAAGAGAUAGAGAAUCAGCCUCAACCAAAUAAACAUUUGAGAUCAUCUUCCACUCAAACACCAUUUGAUGAAAUCCAAACGGCUCAGAAUAGCUUCAUUGAUAAAUUGGUCACAGGGGUCGGUAGGUGUGUACUUCCCAUCGUUCCAGUUAGGGUAAGGGCACACGACGAGAGCAAGUCUGUUGAAACUUACGCACUCCUAGACACUGGUUCUACCAGCACGUUUUGUACAGCAGCCCUAUCCGGACAACUUAACGCAGUGGAAAGGAAGCAAAGUCUAAAUCUAUCAACACUUGGAAGAUCUAACAGCACAGCAGAUACAUCAGUUGUAAGCCUUAUAGUAGACACAGGUAAAGAUACAGAAAUAGUGAAGUUACCACGUGUAUAUACAAGAGAGUCAAUCAACGUCAAAGAAUCUCAUAUCGCCAAGAUGGAAGACACCAGAGGAUGGAACCACCUAGAAGGAAUCAACAUUCCUAUCGUCAGACAACAUGAAGUUGGACUUUUGAUCGGGCAAGAUGUGCCUGAAGCAUUGAUACCCAUAGAAGUUAGAGCAUCCAAGGAUGGACCAUAUGCUGUAAGAACCAAAUUAGGAUGGGCAGUAAGUGGUCCUGUUCAACCCAAGAUGCCAGAAGACAUACACACAGCUACUACAAGCUUUGUUGGUAGCGACAUCAACCUGGAGGAUGACAGACUUCAGAGUUUCAGGAAAAAUGAAGGCUCAGAAGUUCUUCAGAAGGACAAAGUUUCGUCUGUCAAUGUUAGUAAUGCGUCAGCUUUCCGGGAGAGUAGUGGUGAAAAAGAUGGAGUUCACAACCUAUCGCCAACGUCAUUAGAGAAGAAAACGCCAAAUCUACCAGACGACAUUUUGACCACAGAGCAGCAUUUGCAAUCGUCACCCAAGAGAGUACCGAAAGAUGAUACACUUCAGAAGAAAUACCAAGUGGACAUAAAACAUAUGCUAAGUAAUGACUCUGUAAUGAAAGUUAAUAAGACAGAACAAGUAGAAGAUACACCCUCAUUGUACUUACCUCACUAUUUAGUCAUAAGUCCACAAGUUAUUAGUGAUUGUGUGGCAAAGCGUAAUGAAGAAGCAUUACAUGACAAGGUUCCACGGGGGCCGGACCUUGCCAAGCAUAGUAAAGAAGUAUUACCUGACAAGGUUCCACAGGUGCCGGACCUGGCCAAUCUGCCUAGAGUGUCAACUGGUAAAACUUUCUUUGGCUACAUGUAUUUUGGAGUUGAUAGUUUCACACCGCACAUUGUAUAUCAAAAUUCAGAAAAGGGAUACGGUUGAAUCUGUACUGUACAUGUUUGGUCAUUUAAAUUAUAUGAUGCACAUGUAUUUUGUUAUAGAAAAGAUUUAAAUUUAAGGCACUACAAAGAUAUAUUUCUCAUUGUGAUGAAAUUGUAAAAGGUAGCAGUGAGAUCCAAAAGGACGAGUAUAGAAAUUGUAUUUUGGAAAUAGCAGAAAGUUCAAAAUCAGUGAGCGAGUUAAAAUGGCAGUGUCUAAACUCCAAUUUCUCUGGUCAAAGUGCAUUUAACAAGCAAUUUAUGCGGAAUAUGGAUUUAGUAUAUGGAUAAGAAGUAAAUUCAUAUUUGAGGUUUAUUUGUCAAAUCAGUUUAAAAAUUUCUUUAUAUUGAUUUUGCUCUUAUUGAACAAAGCAAGAUGAUUAGUGUUGUACCAGUGUAAAAUUUAUAAUUUGAUAAUUUGAUGCCAAAGCAAAAGUAGGAAUUGCUAAUCAAGGAAAUGGAAUUUGCAUCAGUAAUCAAGAAUUGUUUUGAAAUGCACAAAGGAAUGUUUAAGAAUUUGAAACCAAUCAUUCUCAUUGUUUCGCGAUAAAUGACUGUUAGCGAGGAGGACAUUUUCAACCAGUUUAUCACCACGACAUUCAGCAAAGCAGCAGGAAAUUCUUAAAGAAUGGAAAGUUUAGAAACAUUCAAGACUUGAAACAAGACUAUCAUGAAUCAUGAGUUACAACAUGAAAGUUUGAAAGUUGACGUCAACAUGAAGGACUUUGAAUUUGAAGGACUUUGAAUUUCAAGAUGAUGGACAUAAUAAGUUCUGAAAUUCAUUAAAAUGUUUAUUAAAUUGCAGAUUGAAGAAAGACUAUAUACAUGUAAAAGGGACAUUUCAACUUGAUAGAGACUAGUUAAACUAGUAUAUAUAUCUCAUCCUCAGGAGGUAUUUUUUGUGCAUUUUGUGAUCUAAAAGGCAUAUUUGAUGAUCACAGUUGAUAAAGUAUGUUAUUCAAACAAGACUGUAUUCUUACAAAGGUGUCAGAUUUGAUACAGAGAGUUUGAUAUUGUUAUUGCUGAUUAAGAGAGGACAAAAAACAGGUUCAGUUUUAAGUUUUACAACUCCAACUCAAUUCAAGUGUUUUGCAGGAAAAGACAAUACUUGGAGAUGUUCAAUGAGUUGUAAGCAUUGAAGAUGCAUUACGUUCGAUUUAUAUUUUGUGUAUAUACUGUAUGCUCAGCUAGAAUUUAAUUUCAGUCUGUGAAGACCCAGAAAAGGAUAUGAUAUUGUGUAAUAGGUAACACAAUGUUUGAAAAAUGAUAGGACACACUAAUUUAAUUUAUGUUUUAAGGUGACAAUGUUUUAUAGUUGAUUGCAGGGAGAAAGCAAUGCAUUAUCUUCUUGAGCAUAACUGAAUGUCUCUAGGUCACAGGCAGUUAAAGUUUGAAUUGAAUUAUUUUCUAGACUGCCAUAUUUUAAAAGGAGUUAUCGAUUUCAAUUGUUGUCGAAGACAACUACGUGUACGUAAGCAAAUAGUGCAUGCUAUUAUUUAUAUUCAGGUACAUACAAUUUAAAGGUAUUUGAAGUUCAGUGAGUUCUUGUUUUUUACCAGUCAGUUCAAGUGAUUUAAAGGGAAGCAAGAUAGUGUAAAAUUCAAUUGUAAAAGAAAAGUUGAUAAAUGCUCCGUUGUGUCUACGCAUUUAAGGGGCCGGUGUGUAAGAUUUAAAAAGUGUAUUUUUUCUUUGAAAUAUUUAGCAUGACGUCAGAGACGCUAAUUGAGUUCUAGCAUUAUAUAUCUGGGUCGAUAGAGGGCGCUGGAAAUUUGCCUUGCCAAGAUCGACAAAGAUUUAAAGUUCAGCCCGUCGUGACUUUACAGUAGAAUUCAAGAUAAUCGGUACAAGUCCAAUGUUAUUGAACAUGCUCGAUGGUAUGCUCGAUGGUAUGCUCGAUGGUAUGCUAGGUCGCAUGCUUGAUGGUGUACUUGAUGCAUCGUAUGA